AUGCGUUUCUCCAGUAUCGUCGCCAGCCUGGCGCUUGCCAGCUCCACCGUUGCCGUUCCCACCUCCGGCCACGGCAAGGACAAUGACAGUCUUUACAAGUCUAUGAAGAAGGCAGGACGAAGCUUCAUCGGCACAGCCCUGACACUUCGCGAUGAGCCUCGUGAGGGCGAGAUCAUCAAGGCCGACUUCAACUCCUUCACUCCUGAGAACGCGAUGAAGUGGGAGUCUGUUGAGCCAUCCCGUAACAACUUCACUUUCGAUGAUGCCGACCGAUAUGCGGCAUACGCCAAGAAGAACAACCUCCAAGUCCAUUGCCACACCCUGGUUUGGCACUCUCAGCUGCCUCAAUGGGUAUCCGGGGGUGGAUUUGACAAUAAGACCCUCAUCGGUAUCAUGGAGAAUCACAUCAAGACCGUGAUGACCCGCUACAAGAGCGUCUGCACACGCUGGGACGUAGUAAACGAGGCCCUGAACGAGGACGGUACCUACCGCUCCAGCGUCUGGCUAGACACCAUCGGCGAGGCCUACCUUCCGAUUGCUUUCCGCUUCGCCAACAAGUACCGUGGCAAGGCCGAGCUCUUCUACAACGACUACAACCUCGAGUACAACGCGGAGAAGACCCAGGGUGCUGCGCGCAUCGUCAAGCUUGUCAAGUCCUACGGUGUCCGCAUCGACGGUGUUGGCUACCAGGCCCAUCUUGCCAGCGAGGCCACACCAACUUCCCCAGGCGCCGCCCCAGACCAAAAGACUCUCGAGGCUGCUCUUCACGCCACUGCUGACCUUGGCGUUGACGUUGUCUACACCGAGCUCGAUCUUCGCAUGAACACCCCUGCUACCCCCGAGAAGCUGAAGGUUCAGGCCGAUGCUUUUGAGCGCGUUGCCAAAUCUUGCCUGGCUGUCAAGCGAUGCAUCGGUAUCACCGUAUGGGGAAUUUCGGACAAGUAUUCUUGGAUCCCAGGUGUCUUCACGGGUGAGGGUGCUGCGCUUCUCUGGGACGAGAACUACGAGAAGAAGCCUGCGUACAAGGGCCUCCUCAAGGGUAUUCAGAGCAAGAAGGGUCACUAG